UUCGGCAUGUACCACGACACGGCCAAAACCGGAUGCGAUCAUCGGAUAGGACCCAUCCUUCACAUCAUGACGCCCAGCUUCGAGGCGGACACGAUGCAGGUAUCGUGGUCCAACUGCAGCAGACGGGAUAUUACGCAUUUCCUGGACCUCGGUCUCGGAAAAUGUUUGGAGGAUCAACCGAGUCAGCAGGAGUACUCCUAUCCGGAACUUCCGCCGGGGGCCAUGUACAAUGCCCACCUGCAGUGCCGGCUGCAGUUCAACUCCACGGACGAAGACAUGAAGGUGUGCUCGAAGCUGGACGAAAUUUGCAACCAGCUGUGGUGUCUGGUGGAUGGCGUCUGUAUGACCAUGAUGCGUCCAGCUGCUCCAGGAACACACUGUGGCAAGCACAAGUGGUGCCAAAAUCAGCAGUGUGUCGAUGUGGAAGCACUUCCGUCUCCGGUUCACGGUGGGUGGGGCGAGUGGGAUGAAUGGAGUGAUUGUUCCCGGUCGUGUGGGGCCGGAAUUGCCAAACAAACAAGGGAAUGUGACCAUCCGGCGCCGGCUCAUGGUGGAUUGUUUUGUAUCGGGGAACGAGCCCGGUAUAAAACCUGCAAUACCCAGCCUUGUCCAACGGAAACGCCUUCUUUCCGGGCGUUACAGUGUACGGAACAUGACAACGAUACCGUGAAGGGGACGCAGUACACGUGGCUGCCCUACUUCGAUAAAAACGAACCAUGCGAACUGUACUGCACAAACUCGGAAGACACCAUAAUCGUUCCGUUCGGGGACGCUGCUGCCGAUGGAACUCCCUGCAAUCUGGGCACCAAUGAUAUGUGUAUCGGAGGUAUCUGUCGAAAGGUGGGCUGUGAUUGGGUAGUCGACUCGAACACAACCGAAGAUCAGUGCAGUGUUUGUGGAGGUAAUGGAGACACCUGCACCGUCAUUCAGGGCAACUUCACCAAGAAGGUUAACAUGAGCGAGGGUUUCUACGAGGUGCUGCAGAUUCCGGCAGGGGCUCGAAACAUUCUGGUCGAAGAAAUGAGCCCCUCGAAGAACUUCAUCGGAGUGGGACGACCCAGCAGUACCGAGUACUAUUUGAACGGAUUUCCGCACAUCCAGAUACCGGGCGAGUACGAGAUGGCGGGGAGCAUGGGUCUGUACGAGCGAGAUAACGACCAGGAGCGGAUCAAGAUACCGGGACCCAUACAAGAUGAUAUUACCAUAUCGGUCAUCAUGAAGAAAAAGAACAACCACGCUGGAAUCCGGUACGAGUACACCCUAUCGAAGAAUGCCACCAAGUACCACUCCCCGUACUACUGGAAGUUAACGGAUUGGACGCUCUGCUCGGCCACCUGUGGAGGGGGGAGACAACAUCGCGAAUCGCUUUGCCUACAUCGAGGCGAGGGCGUAGUGGACGAUAGCUUCUGCGAACAGAACGCCCACAACAAACAUCCGGGCAGACUGGUUCGAGAGUGUAACGAAGAUCCAUGUCCGGCCGAUUGGUGGAUUGGUCCUUGGCAGCUGUGCUCUAGCACCUGCCGAAAGGUGGGACCGGAAAGUUCCAGCCCCGUGAGGAGACGCUCGAUACUGUGUGUGGAUCAAAGUCUCAACGCUUUACCGGACAGUCGCUGCGAGGGCAAAACUCGACCAGCGGAUAGCGAACCCUGUCCGGGUCGGCUUCCGAUAUGCAAAGGGCUGCUCGAUGGACAGAUUCUCGUCGAAGAUGUCCCCGCAGAUUACGAAGAGAACAACACCAUCUGAGUUGGGAAUUGGUGUGCCGCUGCAGGAGGAACUGCUGCUGGUCCAACGAUGUUUUUAUUAUGUUAUAUUAACAUUCUGCGUAGCUGUUAGUUGUAAAUCAGUAUUUAAGGCAAACGAGAGUCUUGACGAGUAUUUUUGGAGAAAAUGUCGUAAUUAUUACGCAUCGACAAAACGAAAGAAAGUAUUACACGCACACACCCUUCACAAACACAAACAUACGAACGAAACGAUCGCUUCAAUGCCACCGCGCCAAAAGGAAGUGCUAGUACAAAGUCAUACAAACAGGACGAUUUCAUGAGAAAAGAAAACGCAUACCUUCAUAAGUUGUAUCUUUACUCACAGUUAAUAUUAAAUAUUUACAUUCUUCUAUUUAAAAGUAUUGAUUAAAACCUAGUGAAUAGCACGUAAGUUAUUCGAAGAAUAUACCUACGCUAGUAAUAAUACUUGCAA